AUGUCAUCAUCAAUUACUACUGCUACUACUACUUCAAGAUCAACAAUCGAUUCAGCAAGUGCUUUAUUUGAAUUAUUUGAAAGUUCAUUAGAUUCUUCUGCUCCAAUGUAUCAAUCAUUUAACCAAUCCGGUGCUGGUGCCUCAGGCCCAAUCACUCAAGAUUUUGAAUUGGCUUCAAAACCAAGACAAGUUUUGGGUGAAUCUGUUUUCAACCAUUUUGUUAAAUCUCAAGAAUUGAAUUCAGAAUUCCCAUUAGGUUUGGAUAAAAUUGAAGUUCCAGAAUUAUCUCCAUCAAUUGGUACUGUUACUCCAUUACAAUUACAUUCUUCAAUUGUGGAGUCUGUUUUUUCACCUUCAAUUGAAAAUUCUUCUCCAAUGUUUGAUGAUGUUGAAUUGGAUACAGAAAACUGGACUUCUUUAUUUGAACCAAAUGAAUUGGAAAUCCCACCUGUUGUUGCUGCUGCUACUACUGAAAUCGAACAAGAAUCAACUCCUAUCCCAGAAGUUGAAUCAUCAUCAUCAACUCCAGCUCCUCCACAAUUCAAACGUUCUUCAAGUGAAGCUGAAUUAGAUUUCACUUCAUCCAAAAGACAAUGCUCUUCAUCCCCUUCUAUAGAGACUGAUCAUUUAGGUGUUGUUGCUUACAACCGUAAACAACGUUCUGCUCCAUUAUCACCAAUUGUUGUUGAAUCUGAUGAUCCAGUUGCUCAAAAAAGAGCUAGAAACACUGAAGCUGCUCGUCGUUCUCGUGCUAGAAAAAUGGAGCGUAUGAAUCAAUUGGAGGAUAAAGUUGAAGGUUUGGUUAACAGAAACCAAGAAUUGGAGAAUGAAGUUGCAAGAUUACGUGCUUUAUUGGCUCAACGUUGA